ACGAGAAAUGCAUUAAUAUUAUUUCCACCGCCAGGACGCAAGAGAUGGCGAAGUUAGCAGUGUUUUCAUCCAUAUUUUGUUCUAUAUUUCUAGUAUUUCACAUCGAAGCGGAAAUAAAUCACACAGAUGUCAAAAUACAAUCAUAUUGUAAAGGUACCUUUGGGUUAAAGGAUGUUGACAUUAUUUGGAAACCACUUGCACAGAGGAAUUCCUCAUCUUUGGUUAAGUACAGAAUAUCGUAUUGUCCUAGGGUUCAAGGAUGCAUUCGCCCAUCAAGUGAACAAUAUCGGUUUGGUUGCAUGUUGAACAUGACACAGCUUCAAUUACAGAAAGAGUUACAAUGUAGAAUGACUGAAGAAUCACUUUUCCCUUUUCAAUUUUAUUAUAUUGUGGAGUUAAGAAAUUCAUCUGGAGUCUUCAUAAGUCACCGAUUAUCGUGCCGCCUACUAAGUAAAGUGCACUGUACAAGGCCUCAAAACCUGAAAGCAAAAGCAAUUGGAAAAAGAACUAUCUCACUUUCAUGGAGACCUGCACCUUUUAUGGGGAAAUAUAUCUUGUGUUAUAAACUUUGGUAUGCUGCAGCACAUGAAAACUUCAAUGAGUCACUACAAAUGGCCUUGGGUAGUGAAUCACGGACCAUUGAUGACCUUUCUCCAUACACAGAAUACAAGUUUUAUAUCCAAUGUAGCUUGGGGUGUCAACGCGGCUGGGGAUUAUUGGAUGGGCCUGUUACUGUCCGAACUCUUGAGGAUGUACCAACUCAAGCUCCACAGUUCAACAACUGGUCAGUGUCUAACACUCACGAAGAAAAACGGGAUGUUACUGUUGUGUGGCAGCUGCCGCCUCUGUAUACGUGGAAUGGCGUCCCUAAUAAGUUCAACAUAGACUACUGGCAGACCACAAAGCGAAACGAUUCGUCGGUUCCAAUCCCCAACUCCACAAAGAGCCUGCAAAUUAACAACAGCUCGGCAACUGAAGCAACUAUACGUGGAUUAAAUCGCUAUGUUGCGUACCAAACUCAGAUCAGUAUGUGCACAGCUGAGGGAUGUGGACCGAAAAGUGUUCCUUGGCCCCUGGAAGGCGAGGAGGCCAAGGAGAUUGAAUCUCAUGUUGUUAAUCGUUCUCUUGACAGUCCGGAUAUCUGGACUGUACUUGCAGUAGUGAUCGGUUUGGUGUUAUUAUUUGUCUUAAUAAUGGCGGCGAUUUACUACUUCAGGGAAUCUAGAGUUAGGCGGCAACAACCACCACUUCAGGAAAGGAUACAGUUGGACCCACCUUAUCACGAGUUGGAAAAUUCAGCUUCACCCGCGAGAAGUUCUGACUACGAACGAAUACAUACUCUUGAAGACCACACGGAUCCUCAAUUGAUAAACCGAGAUAGGGAUGACUCAAACUUUUGUGCUUUAGUAAGGGCUGAUUUAUAUAGUUCAACUUUGUCGCAUUCGACUAGCUAGCGACAGGCAUACGACACAACUGACUUAGGAUCAUUUACACGCGCACGACAUUCUCCCCUACGACAUUUGAAAAUCGCAUACAAUUCAACUCCUCCUUAAACAUAUUCUUUUUGGCGGCUAUCGAACAGGACUUCUUUACUUCACAGUGAAAUUAAGUUCUCUGUCUCAUCUUCUCAGUGAAAAAGUUAUCUUCGCGUUUGGUUUCGACGACUUACCAACAGCUGCAACAUCGUCCGCCAUUAUGACUCAAGGAAACUUUUCUUUCCUCCCCCCGCUCAGUGGAAAUUUCUUUUUAAACACGUCAUUUUUACCGAUUUCGGCUAAGGUUGUCGCAGCGUUUCAGAACAUGUUUUAGAAUCCUGGGACUUUUUUUCAGACGUAUGCAACAGUCGUAAGCGAGUUGUCGGUUUGAUUUACAUGAAACAAAUUCUUGCCGUAUGCCUCAGUGUCGCAAGCUUGUCACAUGGGACCAAGUCCUACCGUGUAAAUCGGCCGAAUGAGAAUUUGUCUCAUUGAUUUGCUUUAAGUGGGGUUUUUAGAAGAUACGGUGUAAGGAAUUUUUUUUUAAGUUCAUAGUCAUUACAUUUAAAUCUUUUUUUUAGUCGCAUUCUCAUUUACUUCGACAAUCUAGCCUAGACUCAAAACUGAAGAGUAAAGAUUUAUUUCCAUUCUUAUCAAUGCUUAUUCGCGCGCGUAUCCUCAAUGUAAGUCUGUUCCAAUUUUUGACGAUAUUUUCCAUGUAUUAAACUGAGCAGCACACGUUGAAGAAAAGCCAAGAGAAAGACGAAUGCUGUGAUAGACACCAAGGCAUACAUAAAAAGUGAGUGUCCUAGACAAAGUUUCCAAAAAUUCUCAAGCACCAAAGAAAAAAAGGAGAAAAACAAGUUAUAGUGAUAAUGACUACGAAUUGGUUUCCACUUGGAGCACUUAGAAAAAUAAUUUUUUAAAUAUAUAAAGGGAAGGUGUACAGUUUUUACGUGUUGCUUUUUAAUCUUAAAACUGGUGAACUCAAGUUUUCCAGUAAGCAAAUUACCAAAGGAAUCUAUAGUAUACGGUCAUUGACGCAUUACUCUACAUAGGAUUUGUCUGUCUGUCUUGAAAUGAAAUUUAAGACUUUCAGUUAUUUAAAACCAAAAUGGUCGGUUUUUAUCUAAUUUAACCUCAAUUAUCUUUGCGAUGUAAAAAAAAAAAAAAAAAGAGACAAAGUAAAGAUUUCGAGAAAUGUACACGAAAUAGGGCUGCUUUAAAUGCCCAAUAUUCCGGUGCCCCAUGCGGAAAGAAGACGAAUUAAAUGCUUAGGAUUAGUUUUUAAAAACUUGGCUUUUGAAUUUUCCGCCUCGACGGUUUGUUACUCAUGCAAUAAAUUAUAUGUGGAUUAUGUAGUGAA